UAACGCAUAUACACUUCUUGAUUCUGUCGUUGAGAAAAAGAUAUCAAAAACCAAUUUACUCAAUAGGGAAUGAAGAAUCCGAUAAUGACUACAUGGAGAAAAGUGAAGUCUUUUGGGCAUACGAGCUCUACAACGACGACGCCCUCGUUGACGAAGAGCAAGUCUUGUUAUGGCUCUUUUCGUCUCGAGGAUGCUAAGAGCGAAGAACCAAAAGGAAAGACGAAGAAAGAGUCGCCUUCACAUGGGUUUUUCACGGUUUACGUUGGUCCGACGAAACAGAGAAUUGUGGUGAAGACGAAACUUCUGAACCAUCCUUUGUUCAAGAACUUGUUAGAAGACGCAGAGACUGAGUAUGGAUAUAGACACGAUGGACCUAUUGUUCUUCCUUGUGAGGUUGACUUCUUCUUCAAGGCUUUGGCGGAUAUGAAGUCUAAUGAUCAUCAUGGUCAUCAUGAUGAUGGUGAUGAUGAUUAUGAUGAUGAUAGUUUCAUUAACUCUCCACUUUGCGGUAUAUGUAGUCCGUAUAGAUCAUACGGUGGUGGUGCGGAUCUUAUGGCCAUGAGACGGAACGGGUCAUACAAGCUUCUUCGAUCUCCGUCUUUGUUCAAGUUGAAUAGAUUUUGAAACUUCUACAUUAUAUAUCUAAGUUCAUGUUCAUAACAUUACCGUAUACUUUUUUUUUUUUUUGGUAUGAGUGGAAAUGUGAAAGAAAACACUCUCACUUCUCCUUAAUCUUAAAUAAUUAGCUUGAAGUACUUUUCAUAUAUUUUGAUGUCGGCUUAUAUCAUAUUUGACACAUUGUUAUUAUUGAUAUAUGUAUAUGGUUUGUAUCUUAAUAUAGUUUGAUUUCGGA